AUGCUUCCAGCUCCUGAAAUCAAGUCGCACCUCACAUUGUCGUCGACUCACCCAUUCCUUCAACCCACCCCAGAGGUGUCUCACCACACUCGCCGCGCAUCUCACGAAGUCUACGACCGUCACGACCCUUCCACGCUUACGACCUUUGCGCAGCAGCACCAACAGCCAGCUGCCCCCCGUCCUUCUUCCUCCCAUUCAGUUAAUUACCGUCCACCCUCGGCCACAGACUCACAUCAUCGUUUGCGCCGAGUUCGCCGCUCACCUGACGUUCGCCAAUUGCCCCAUCGCCGCACCGUCUCCCACGAUCUAUCGGGUAGACAACCGCCUCAACCCCAGCCAGUACAGCCAAUUCCAGUCGCUGCCCAGCCUAGUCUAGAAAGCGACAUCGCCGGGCUUCGACCAGCUCACUCUGAAGCACACACUGACGAGAACGGGUCAACCAUCGACGACCCGUACGAGCUCCUCAAUUCCUCGUACUGGCCGCGGAGAACCACCGGUGUCUCAUCCCGAACUGCCUCGGCCAUUCUCUUUGCGCUUGAAGAGGCCAUCCGCCGCCCGUUCACCUUCACCACUGACUGGGACGAAGCGAAUGCUUCUAUGUCCGAGAUGGUAGGUGUUGCUGGUCCUGCCGCGCCUCCGGGCAACGGCCGUGUUUCAAACGGUGGCUCGAGAAUCCCUCAAGCUGCCCCGGCUCCGAUCCCUGCUGCAUCCUCACAAGCGCCGAGUGGCGUGCGCACCCCGACAGACAUCAUGAGACAACGUCGAGAUCGGGAGGCUCGCCGUAAAGCGGAGCAGGAAGCUCGUGAGAGGGAACAGGAAGAGUUGGAAAGACAACAAUUGGAGCUGGAGCAGCUGGAGCAAGCUCAAGCCCAAAUGUAUGCUGCUGGCGCUGGCGCUGAUCCUGCUUCACAGCGUCGUGCGCAGCCUCAACGAGCUCCUAGAGGCCCUCAACCUCAGGUACCUCAGGAAAACGUGGCUGUGACUGCUUCCGGACCUGCUCCUGGCUACCGUCCGACUACCAGUGCCGGUCCGACAGCUCCCAGACAGGACUAUCAAGCUCCACCUGCUGCUGCAGGUGGUCAUGAUAUGUCCAGCCAACCCCAACUACCAGCUUCGUCGAGCCAGCAACGUCUGGGACCCGCCGCUCAACAUACUCGCUCGCAGAGUGCAGCCGCCGCAACGGGGGCUCAGCCCGGGCCAAGUACUUUCUCCAAGUCUGCCCCAGCUCCUGCAGGCAGCCAACCGGGUGGUACUUCCCAGACACUGCAGCAGCCACGACGAUCCGGCUUUCCACAUGCUUUUGAACGGUGGGAGACACUCUCUUCUCAUUGGGAAGGUCUCACCAGUUACUGGAUCCGCAAACUCGAGCAGCACAAUGAGGACUUGGAAAAAGAUCCCCUCAGCCAGCAACUGGCUCGCCAGAUUACGGACUUGUCCGCUGCGGGUGCCAAUCUGUUCCAUGCUGUAGUCGAACUGCAACGGCUGCGUGCUUCUUCCGAGCGCAAGUUCCAGCGCUGGUUCUUCGACACUCGUGCCGAGCAAGAACGCUCCAAGGAGGUCCAAGCAGAUUUGGAACGUCAACUGAAAGCCGAACGACAGGGUCGAGCAGAUGCCUUCGCCGCGGCCCAAACGGCCGAGCAAGACAAGACCCGGGCCGAAGAUCUCCUCCACGAAAUGCGGCGCGAGCUGCAGAUAUCCAAAGAGGAAGCACGGCGCGCAUGGGAAGAACUCGGCCGUCGCGAACAAGAAGAGCGCGACAGAACCAAUUCUCUCCGCAAUGGCGAGCCCACCCUCGUCGGCGGCGUCCAAGUCGUCCCCAUGGUCCAAGGCGUCCCCAGCCGACACACCACCCGCCCACCAACCCGCGAGGGCCCAUACCCAGGCGGUCCAACAGCAGCGUCAAUGGGAACAGAUUACCGAGGCAAACCGACAGACCCCAGCAUGAGCCGCACCUACUACGAUGAGAACACUCCCAUGUCCCCAACAGGCUCAGACCCGUUCAUCGAGCCGAAGAAGACUGAUCCCCCGGCCUCCAAAGCACCUUACCCUCCCACCAGCCAACUGUACCCGCAGGAGCCUACCACCGCAUCUUAUCCGGCCCCAUCCUCUGAGCCAGAUGCACACUCGUACGUCGGUAGCAGCGAGGCCGAGGAAGAAUACGCUGGAUACGCACGCGACAACGCUCACCCAUUCAGCUACCCGGCCGCACCACUCUCCGAGGGCAGCGACGAGUACGACCACCACCCCGCUGACCAGCACCACUACACCACGGAUGGUGCGUACACCUCUGCCGGCACUUCAGCGCCCAUGCACGCGCCCUACCCACCGACCACAGCCGACUACAGCGGCGCCGGUUGGGGCGUUGGUACGGGAUGGGAAUCCGUCACGCCCCGGCAUCGUCACCCGACGCGUCUGAGCGACGUGCUUGAAGAGGAUGAGCCGAGUCGUACGACUCCUAGUCGUGCCAGCCAGGCUAGCCGAAGUGUGCAGUGA